GUGAAGGACCACGGGGAAGGACUCCAAUCCCGGAGAAUUUGAAUCGUGGGAGGAGAGUCAGUAGGACGCUUGCGCGAGUUCUUGGGACUUGGAUAGCGGUAGCUCACACAGACCGUGUUAGAAUGGUGGUCUGCAGGGGACGCGGAGUCGCCACUCCUACCGGGGUCCCUACACGGUGGGGGACUCCGAGAUCCAGUCUGGCCGAGCAGCGCCCGCUCCUCCAACUUCUUGGUCCAGGGACACUUAAAAGGGAGAGGAGCUCUCAUCUAACUGGAAAGGCAGUUGAGCAAAACUUGAUACACAAAGGAGAAGGGACAGAAAGGGAGCAGUUUUCCUGACAUCUGGUUGAAACUGAACUUGGAAGAUUAUUAGUGAAACUUUAAGAACCUGUCCUGCAUCUCUAAUUAAAAUCAAAAGCUUUCAUACACCUCCUGUGGAAUUCUUUCGAGGUUGCAGAUGAAGAUAAUUUACUAAAACAUCAAGCUAUGCAGAAAAAUUCCAAGAGGAACAGUAAAGUGAAAGUUUGUAACAUAGAAUUGAACUCUGUGAAUGCUGAGAAGGAAAAAAACAAGAGUCAAAAUAACUUCGUUGAACUGUUUCCUCCAGAAGUGACUUUUAAAAUUUUCAGUCAGCUAGACAUUCAGAGUUUGUGCAGAGCUUCAGUGACCUGCAGGAGCUGGAAUUACACAAUAAGAAACAGUGACUCCUUAUGGAAGCCUCACUGCUUGACUGUCAGAGCUGUGUGCCAAAGAGAAAUAGAUAAUGACCUAGAGAAUGGGUAUUCCUGGAGGGUCAUACUACUGAGGAAUUACCAGAAGAGUAAAGUCAAACACGAAUGGCUAAGUGGCAGAUAUAGCAACAUCUGUUCUCCCAUUAGCCUACCAGAAAAAAUCAUGUACCCAAUGGAUGCAGAUACAUGGGGGGAAAUUCUUGAAGCAGAACUGGAGAGAUAAGGAAAAAAAUCAUAAACAAGUCCUGGAACUCUGAGAGUUUAAAACUAAAAUGAUUCAGGGUGCAAAACGUGUAUUUUUAUCUGUCCAUUUUUCUCCACCUUUUUAAUAUUUAACAAAGGGCAACAGUAGGAAAUAUAAAAGUAAAGCUUUAUAUUUAUUUUGCACUUUAGUAAAAGUAUUUUUAUGGUUUCACUGUCUUGUAAAAAAUCAUGAAAUGUUAUUUAUAAGAAGUAAUAUACUGAUAGAAUUAUUUCAAAAUGUGUUGUUUCCUGUACUUGUGUUAAAAUACUGCAGUAAUUUAAACAAUAGAAACUAGUGUUUUCUGCUAGGGAUAAUUUUUAAAAUUUCAUAAGCAACUUGAAGAAACUGUCUUUUAAGAUCUAUCAAGAGUAGAUGUAACUAGAUUUUGGAGGACUAGCUAAGUGAAAAAAAUAGGGAUUUUUUUAAUAAUUUCAGUAGCUAAAAUUUCCAUUUAAAUGGAAUCAGAUUGUACUGUCAAACAGUGAAAUUAUUUUAAAAUAAUAUUAAACUUGUGGUUUGGUUUAAAAGUAAUCGAAUUUUAGGGUUAAACUUCAUCAAAUUAAUAUUCUUAUUACUUUCCCCCAAACCUAACAUGAUCCUUAAGGGUAAAAAUUCAUGGGGAGUGUCCAGAGCACCACCUGCUGAACUGCCACACAGUGUCUUCCUUAGUAAAUCUUUCUGACAGCCAAAUAGCACCAUCUAGUGUUCUCCUUGUGGAAACCAAAAUAAUGGGUUUUCAGCUCCUUUUCAUUAUCUCCAUAUUAAAAAAUUAUUCUUGAGAAAACUUAACGCUUGACGUCGUUACAAUUUAUAACUUCCCUAGAACCUUUAUUUCUACUUUCCUCUUUUUCAUAAAAGCAAAUCAUAUAGUGUUCCCUCUCGCAAAUUGUCACUGUAACCCUGGUAAACACUAUAGCAAAAAUUAUCUAUAAACCAUUUUAGUUUAUAUGGGAUUUUUCUUAAAAUGUGCUCUGUAGCAUGAAAAAUAAGAUGAUUUAUUAUCUUCUCUCUUCUUGAAAUUAGAAGAAGUCUUGAAAAUCCAGCUGUCCAGCUUCCAAAGCUAUUCAGUAACUUCCCUUCCUGAACACGAAGCCAGCCCAAGUUCAAGCACUGCUAGUAGCAGGAUCUCUGUCAUGUCACAAACAGUCCUAUUACACUGCAGAACUACUCUGAUCAUUUGAAAUUUUUCCUUGUUGAACUGAAGCCCCCCUCGCUGUAAAUUUGCAUACUAGUCUUGUUCUGUUCUCUAAAACUUAUUCUGUACUGUUGCACUUAAAUAUUUGAAGGCCGCUAGUCCUCUCUUCGUAUGCCUUCUACCCCAGUUCCUUCUGCUAGUCAUGAAGUCUUAGUACUAGACCCCACAGCAUUGUCUUCUGUACAUGCCCUCUUAACAAAAAUGUAAUUGGAAAAGAAGAUAUCCUACUAAUCUUAUUUAAUAAGAGUGUAUUAGUAGAUAUCCUACUAAUCUUAUUUAAUAAGAGUGUAUUUCAAACUAAGAAUAUAGUUUGAAAUUUUGAAAGUACAGGGAAAAUCAAACCCAUUAGAGCAUUUUUCUAAAUAGUAUAUGUGUACAACAGCAUAUGUACACAUAUUUGUUACCUGUUACUUUAAUGGGUAUGGAUUUCCCUUUCUAUCACAAUUUGUUCCCGGCAUAGUUCUGAGCUCUUCACCACUUGAAGGAUAAUUCUUAGGAAAUAAGAACGGUGGGAAGGAAUCAGGUUUAUUCAAGGGCUGAGAAGACAGAAUGACUACAGCUUCAAAUCUCUGUCUUCUGGGGCUCAGGAGCACAAAGAGCUUUUAUAGAGGUAGAAGAGAUGAAUAGGGCAGGAAGGGUCCUCGUGGCAAGGCAGUGAUCAUCAUCCUUAGUGUGUGACACAUUUUUUCCUUCUCUGGAAUAUUGCAGUGGGUCUCAGCCUCCUAGGGCUAGUUUCUAUAGUGCUUUUUAAAUAUACAUCACUUUUCUGCAAGUUAAAGCACAUCAGCUUACGUACUUUGUGUUCAUGGAUUGUAAGACUAAAGAACAAGGAAGGGUUUUAUAUUGUCAGAUGUUCUGGAUACUGCAAAUCUAAAGAACGAUUUAUCAUUUAAUAUCUUAACCAUUUAGCUGGGACUUCUCUUCAGUAUUUAGGGUGUCAACAAAAAGAAAAAGAAUAUAAAAGGAUUAGGGAGAGGCAACAACCUGAUGAGAGGAAAAAGUAAGUUUGCCAAGGACAGCUGCAAAGCAGCAGCUCUGCCGUGCGUUCUCUGUUAAUAGAGAUUACCCUAUGGAGGGAGAAUUGCUCGCCUCACUUCUCCAUAGGACAUUUGUGAUAUCCUGCCUCCCCGGCCUCUGUGUUAAGACUAGGGAUGGAAACGAGCCAAAUCCCCCUCCUGCAGGAUCUCAUACAGAGGCUCUUUACUCAGUAGCAUGAGAGACUGUGAAGUGGAUCCUCUAUAAAGGAAUGUAGAGCCAACAGUCGUGAGAAACAGCUGCAGAGAGAGGCAUGCUUAUAUUCAAUACCCCACGCCAGUCCGCUGAGAGGCUGAGGCAGGAGGAUCACAAGUUUAAACCCAGCCUGGACACCGGAGUGUUUUAGCAAGACCCUGUCUCAAAGUAAAACAUGGAAAGGGGAGGGGAUAGAGCUCAGUGCAAAGACCCUGGGUUCAGUCCAUCAAAAGAGUGCUUUAAAAGACCACAGUUCCAGUCGUUGCCUGUCAGUUGUACUGAACUAACUCGAACUGCGUUUCAGCCUUUGCACUAGAAGCCUUGCCUAUUUUGCAAGGAUGUGGUGUACCUGAGUUUCUGAGGUAUCAUACAAUAUAUUCUUUCGUGCUUUUCCUUUUAUGUCCUCAUGAGGCUUGUUGCUUCUGACUCCAUCCCGUAUUUCUCCACCUGCUCCCAUCUAGCCAUCCCCAUGACUGCAAUGCUGUUCGGCAGGCUAGCAGAGGCUUAGCCGCCAAAUCCAUUCAAUGCGUCUUAGUUGUUGGUGUAUCUGACACAUAUAAACACUCGGUUCUUGUAACUCUUUCCUCCAGGGUUUCAGGCUGGACUGUCUUGGAUUUUUCUUUGCCCCCUAACAGUGCUCUUGGUUUCCUUCAAGGACUCCCUGCCUUCGUCUGUUCAUUAUGUGUCGGCGUUCACUGCAGCUCAGACGGCUGUCCUUUGAUCUCUUUAUAUCCUGGACAUCGGAGGCGAGGCUGUCUCCCCUUCCAGUAUCACUGCUGUUGUUGGUGCUGGUGAUGUCACAUCUCAUAAAACGAAUCCAUCUCCCUCCAGCCUGUACCUCAGUGAACUGGUGUUUCCUGAUAGCGACCAUUUUUACUGUUCUGCAUCAUUUUCCAUGUCCAGUCAUCAAUCAGUUCUUACUUUAUCAUCCAAAUACCUAAGUAUCCAAUGCUUUUCUAUGUGUCUUUCUUCGUUACCUAAUUCUCAUUCUCUUUUGAAGUUGGGGUUACUAUAGAAACAUGUAAACUGGUGAUCUGCCUCUGAUUCCUUUUUCUUACUGUCUCCAGGAUCAUCUUUCUAAAACUCCCAAAUUAGCGUUUCACCCUUCACUUAAACUUAAACCUACGUGCAGGUAGAGUUCAAACUCCCCUAGCAGAGCCUAUAGGGCCUUUAAUGAUGUGAUCUAGCCUACCUCGCUGGCUUUUUCUCUCACAGCUGUCCUACCCUAUAACUUUUGCUUCAGCUGUACCAAACUGUCUGCAGUUCCCUGAACAUUAAAUCCCUCGCUUCACUGCCUGUGCGCAGGCUGUGUGAUACACUUGGAAUAUUCUUCCUCUCAUUCACCAUUAAUUCUUUACUUGAAAAUUUUCUCUCCAAAAUGCAUCACUUUGACGAGCUCUUAACUGCACUUAAGAAUUAAGUGAUUCUUGAGAUUUCUGUAUUUCUUUGUUCAUACCAUUCACAAAGCUGUUACACUAUGUUAAAUUGUUUUAUUUUUUUUUACUCCCUCCUUUAGACUGUGAACUUCUUAAUUGCAGGGACCAUUUUUUAUUUAUUUUUGUGUUCCUAAGAUCUGGCACACAGUAUGUGCGCCAUAGAAUGUUGAAUUAUUUCUGUAGUUAUUUAUUUCAAUCCUACUCUGAAUGUAUAAAAUUUACUUUGUUGUAAUUUAAAAUUUGCAUUAUCAUAGUCACAGAUUUGCUAUAGUAGUAGUAAAUUAGUAGUAGUCAUAAAGAUUGUAUAGACAUGCAAUGUAUAAUUGUUAAGGUAUGUGAGAUGAUUGAUUUUAAUGCUAAUGUAUAUUUGUGUUAGUCUUCUCAAAAGUAUACAAGGAAAAUAAGAAAUAAAAAAUAUUUUGUUAUUUUUUUAAAUAAACUUAAUGUCAAAAAUAUCA